GUCAGUCUUGGUUGAGCUUCCUAGUCAAGUAAGGUGGGCAGUGGUACGCAACCAGCAGAGCCCCUCUCCUUUGGAGAGCACCGCUGACAGAAACCUAACUGUCCUUUAUCCUCACUGGGAAGCAGCAGGAUGAGUAUUGGGUAACAACAGAUAACCCGGGGUCUGGGUAACUCUUUCACAUGAGGAAUUGCGAGUGUCUUUUCUGUGGAACUGCCUAGUGCUGUGAAACAUCUGCGCCCUUGAUGUGGGCCAUCUGGAAAGGAAAAUCCCAUCAACCUCUAGAAAUGCAGCCAGGUUUAUGAUCACUUUAUUUUGCAGUUGGCUUUUAAGGGAGAUAAUCUUACCAGGAGGAGCUCUGAAGGAAAGGCGAGUUACAGGUGAUAAGAAAUGAGUGUAACGAUGCCCUGGCUGCUGCUGCUCCUUCUCCUGGUCAGCUUCGGCUCACCUGCACCCAGGUUUUCGGAAAAAGAUAUCUGCCUCCUAGACAACAAUAAAUUAAGACAAAAGUUGAAACAGCUUCAAGACUUGUUUUACUUAUACGAACUGCAACUGAAGGACAUCCUGGAGAACACUUACCACAGAACAAAAAGUGGGCUGUUCGCAGGCAACAGGAGUGUGCAGCAUGAGAUGCUUUUACCCACAACCAGUGGAAAUUUGAUAGUCUAUGACCAAGAUUGCUCUGCAGUGUAUAAUCGCAAAAAGACCAAAACCGGCUACUAUCGGAUCAGGCCCAGAGCAGACCGAGAGCCUUUCCUGGCAUUCUGUGACAUGUCUGACGGCGGGGGGUGGACUGUCAUUCAGCGGCGGAGUAACGGCAAGGAGAAUUUCAACAGGAAAUGGGAUGAUUACAAACUGGGAUUUGGGAAAUUUCAGGGCAAGAAUGAUGAGUACUGGCUGGGCAACGACCACAUCUAUGACCUGCUCGCUAGAGGAGAGAGCUCAUUAAAGAUUGACCUGAUGGACUGGCAGGGGGAAAGACGUUAUGCAGUCUAUGAAAAUUUCCAGCUUGCAAAUGAGCAGGACAAUUACAGGUUAUGGUUCGGCACCUAUUCUGGUAAUGCUGGCGACGCUCUGUCUGGUGGGAGCAAUUUUGAAGAUCAGUGGUCAGCCUCUCACAGAGGGAUGCAGUUCACCACAUCUGACAAGGAUCACGAUCGAUUCCUGGCAGGCAACUGUGCGUCAGAGAACAAGGGCGGUUGGUGGUUUAACAGGUGCCAUGCUGUAAACCUCAAUGGAUGGUACUACAGAACAGGAAGGUACAAUGGAUCCCAUGAUAAUGGCAUAGUGUGGUCCACGUGGCAUGGGAUGUGGUACUCGCUAAAAUACUCAGCCAUGAAAAUCAGGCCUCCGUUCUUUGUUGACAGAGAGAGCGGAGACGGUGAGAACAGUCAGGGCAGCUGAAACCUGCUGCUUUGGAAAGAAAAAAAUUACAGGCUGAAAAGAAUUGUGUAAGUUAAUAGCCAGCCCUCUGCUGCUGCCAGUCGCCAAACCUGCACUGUGAUAACUGGAGCUGCACCUGUUUCUGCUAGCUGAAGCUAACAUUGCGAGUUGUUUGAGCGCAGCCAGCCAACAAUUUAAUGGAAAACAUAUGGAUCUCCGUCAUGGAAUAACCAGAGUUUUCUUUUUCAGCAAUUUUCAGGACUUCAGUGGAGAGUGUUUAUGAAAAGCUCUCUGGACCUUGAAUGAUCAAGCAUGUUCUUUUAGCUAUCUGUACUGUUCAAGGGCUAAUUCUUUCUCACCUUGAUUUUAACCAUCAGUGCUUCAGUUACGAGAACGUAAGAAUAGAAACAACAAGGUGAUGGGGAAUUGGACUUCAUCUGGCAUGCCUUUGUUAGUGCUUUGUUCUGGGUCAGGAGAAUGUUUUUAAGCAACUCUGCCUGCGGUCCCAAACUGCCGCACUUCAGUUGCAGACCACUCCUGGAGCGUGUAAAACCAAACCAGUGGAUGGAGGUGCUCCAGCCGCUAACGUGCAUCCAGCUACGUUAAGGCUACGUCAGAGCAAACCCCCACAACACGGACAGUGCGGACGCUGGGUUUCAUUGCCAACAGCUUCCCGCUGCAGAUCCAUUUCUAUAGCACACCGCGACACAUUAAUACAGACAAAGACAACGCUGAUGACCAGACUCAAGCCCCAGAUUAAAAUUAGGCAUAUUUUACUAAAUUUAAGAUGAGCACAGAUAUUCUUAGGAGUUCUUAAAAUACAGUCAUGAUUCAUUUUUAAGUUCUCGCAUAACUGACGAGGUGACUUUGAGUUAGUGAAGAGGAAUCAGAAAGUGGGAAGUAAUUGAACCACAAGGCACACUGCUUUCAUUGUCCCAUCGGAGAGAAACAAAAGAGCAACACAAAUGACUGAAAGAAAUGGAAUACUGAAAAUUUAUUUUCCACGAGUUGUUCAUAACAACAGUUAAAAAUGAACAGUAAUAUCAGCUUGAUGCAAAUCAUUUAACUACCAUGUUGUAGAAUGAGCCUAUUUUUUUUCUGAAUUACAAUAAUUUUUUUAAACUGGUAGUUCUUUUCCAUUUACUUGCUUUUCGAUCCAUACAUAUUGUAAUUUGCAUUAUAUAUCCAUAAAGGGUGAAAUAAAACCAUCUGAGUAGGACUUAA